AUGACAAAGGCUGUUCGACCACCAAACGAAGAAAAUAAAACAAAAGCAAAGCGAGGACGUCGAAAGGCGUCUGCUGUAAAAGACCACCUUUCACUUAAACCGGUCCCACAUCGGCCGUCUUCUUCCGGAUCGGCCAUAGUAGAGAACCGGUACGGCUCUCUCCUGUCACUCAUCGACGCAACCUACCCUCCUCUCCUGUGUACUGCCUGCGACUUUGUAUCUCCUAGUCGUCGUGACUCCUCUAUUCAUUUCCGCAUACACCACCCUUCAACCCCUCGUUUCCUAUGUCUCCACCCACAUUGCGACAUGCGCUUUGGUUCCCGAGGUGCUCUUCGUUUUCAUCUUUCUCAUGCGCACUCUGUUUGUCUCAACUUCACCUUACCAAUUCCUCCAUCAUCAACCAAAUCAACAUCUUUAACUUCAGCAUCUGCAUCUGCACCAACACCAACACCUAAAUCCACACCUAAAUCUACACCAACUCCUACACCAACUCCUACUCCUACUCCUAAAUCCACACCUAAGCCUACGCCUACACACACACCUACCUACACUGUUGCAUCCUUGUCUCCACCACCGCCAUUCAAACCUCAUCUUGUUUUCUCUACAAGAGCACCCAGAGGAUCCAAAAAAAUAAUUCUCUCCCAAAAUUCAGAAGACGCCCUUAAUGCAGCAUAUCCUCCACUUCAGUGCCCUGCCUGUCACCAGACAUUCAAUCGAAAAACAAACGUAAUUAAGCACCUCACCGAAGAUCAUCAUGGAGAAGAGCCAUACCGUUGUAUGUUCCAACACUGCAUUCACCCAAGACACUAUGCCACACGCGAAGGUCUGGUUUAUCAUAUUCUCAGAGCUCAUGAUGAUGGACAAACUACUGACAUGCAGGACGCAAUGUCCACCAGUAGUGGAUCAUCAGAUCAACCAUUAGAAGAAGAUCCGAGAAGAUUCAACAGGCGCCAUGACUCAAACUAGAAUUGUAAUGGUUAAUUAGCAUUGGGUGAUUUUGUAUCAUAAUUAAAAAAUAAAUAUAAUAAUUUAAUUCCAAAAAAUAAAUAAAUCAAUAAACGCACAUAAGCAUCUCAUUUUAUAAACAU